ACGCGUGCCGUGCCGACGAUCCGCGUCGCGCUGGCUCACCCGCCGGGCACAUGACAUGACAUGGGAUCGUCGAUAUAGCGAGGGAGCGCGCGGGAUCAUGCAUGCAUGCGCGCGCCGGCUGCGUAGCUUAGCUGCCGCCUCCAUCGGCAUGUGCAGCGGUGGAGACAGAGGGAAAGGCCGGGCUAGCGGGAGGCCCACCCACCUCCACCACAACGCCUCUCAUCGUCGGCGGAGCACGUGAUCGACUACGCGACCUAGCUAGCCAGUAGCUCCUUUUCCUUUCGCUCCUCCAGAGAGGACGCGCGCGCACGGGAUCUAUCCAUCCAUCUGCUCCGGCGCUGUCCGUUUUGUACCUCAAUUACCGGCGAUCCACCGUGCAUCUCCAGCGGUGUCCGUAGUGUUAUUACUUUUUGCCGACGCGUAAUUCUCCGCUCGCCGGCCGCCACGCCGAUGUCUUUGCAUCAAUUUGCUUGCUGUUACCCUAAUUUAUUUUUGCUUCUUAUUUACGUUGAGCAGGAGACGUGGAGGAGAGAGAGAUUACCCUUGCUGUUGUGCGUAUAAACUUUUGAGGAUACAACACAAGCAGACAGACAGGCAGGCUCCCACUUUGUUAAAUCCUUGUCAAUCCCCUCGCCUCGCCUCCCCGACUCUCUCUCUCUCUCUCUCUCUCGCUCUGCCGACUAUAAUAAGCUCUGCCAGCCGAACCCGCUGAACAUUCCAUCCGCCAGUACUGGACUAGUACAGAGUAGCAGCCAGCAGCAAGAUCCAGCCACCGUCAUUCCUGCUGCUGCUGCUGCGACGGCAGGCGGCCCCGACAGAUCUCCUGAGCCCCCUGCUGUCCCGGCAAUGGAGCUCUUCCAAGGGGAGGAGCCGGCCCACGACUUCCUCUCGCUCCGCGCCGGGGGCUCGUCGGCGUUCCAGCACAGGCAGCGCUCCGGCCAGCAAGCCAUGAAGUCGCUUGAGUCAGCCAACGGCGGCGGCACGGCAGGGGGUGCCGGCGAUGGCGCGGCCAGCUCCGCGGCAGGUUUGGGGCAGCACGUGCUGCCGGGCGGCGUCGGGACCUUCAGCAUCAGGCAAUUGCCUGACGCUCAGCCGAGGGAGGAGGCUGGCACCGGCAGGGAACCGUCUGUUUCGGUCUCUCACGGCUCGAGAAUGGAGAUUGCGCAUGAAGCACGGUCUGGAAUUAUGGUUCACAGUGCUCCACCAACACCCACGAUGUGGCAAGAUUCUAGCACCGACAAUAAGAGAUCUAGAGGGUCGAGAGCAGAGGGGAGAAGCAGCGGCAGCAGCGCCGAUCAGGAUCCCAGCAGCCCGAGAUCAAAGCAUUCCGCUACCGAGCAGCGACGGAGGACCAAGAUAAAUGACAGGCUUGACAUACUCCGAGACCUCCUGCCGAACUGUGAUCAGAAGAGGGAUAAAGCUUCUUUCCUUCUGGAGGUCAUUGAAUACAUACGGCUCUUGCAAGAGAAAUGCCAAAAAUAUGAGUCAGGCAUUCCUGAACAGAACGACGUCGAUGCCAACUGCAUGCCAUGGGACAAAGUGUACUACAGAUCACGUUGGAGGAACACACAGAACAUCAGUCAAGUCCAAGGAGGAGGCUUAUCAGCUACCACAGAGGACAUGAACAAAGAGCAAUACAGUUCCAAAGGCAUUGCAAGUGCACCUGCUGCUUCUCUCUUCAACACACAAAGUGCAAGAGAAAUCAGCACAGCCCCCGGUUCCUCCCAGAACAUAGCAGAGAACAGUAUGCCUACCAAUCAGCUACCGUGGCUAAGUAUGUCAACCAUGAACCAAAACUGUGAUGCAAGCAACGGACUGCUAAGCAAGCAUGAUACACAAAUGCCGCAAGAUGACAGCCAGAGUCUUUCUAGUGCUUACUCCCAAGGGUUGUUACACAAACUGAAAGAAGCUCUACAGAAGUCGGGGGUAGACCCAUCUCAAACUAAAAUAUCCGUAGAGAUCAAUAUGGAUAGACGGGCCAGAGCCAAUGCUCAUAUACAUGACAGUUCAAAGGUAGCCAAGAGACUCCGGUGCGACUGAAGCUACAUCUCCAUCCCGCACUAGACAAUUCAUUCAUCGUGAAGUUCAGACAAGGACUUUGCAGCAGCAUGACCGCAACUGAUGCAAUUCUUUUAUUUAUAUUGCAGUUACAUUUUACUAACCUAAGCUUCAUUCAUAUACCAAGGAAAGCUGCUAUUGGGAGAGCAGCAGAAUUCUUCCGGAUUUUCUUAUUGCUGAUUUUGUAAAUGCAGUUCAGAUUCUUGUACAAUGUGUGUGUAUUUCUCCCUCAUUCAACUCAUUUUUUUCUUUUGUUAUUAUAGAAGAGGUCCUAGGAUGCAGCUUGUAUCGAAAGCUAUAAUAACAAUUCAACUGAUUUGUCAUA